UAUAUAUGAUGAACUAGCUCGAAGAAAGCUUCAGUCAAGUAUUGCUAGACCAGGUUCAAUUCACUAAAACCAAUGAAAAUGCAAGCAGUUCUCACUGUCCUGGUUUUAUCCGGUUUAAUGACGGUUAAGACAACGUUAGCAGCACAACAUGUGAUGGGCGGGAGCCAAGGCUGGGAAGAAUCCGUUGACUUUGAUUCUUGGUCGUCCGAUCAAUCUUUCAAAGUCGGCGACCAAUUGGUUUUUAAAUACUCCGGACUACACAGUGUUGUUGAGCUGGGAAGUGAAACUGCAUACAAGAGUUGUGAUGUGGGAACACCCGUUAACUCCUUAAGCUCUGGAAACGACGUCGUUAAGCUGUCCAAAACUGGGACUCGUUAUUUCGCAUGCGGGACCCCAGGGCAUUGCGAACAAGGCAUGAAGGUCAAAGUCAACGUUGUCUCUUCUGACUCCACCGCCGUUCCCUCGCCGGGUUCGAGUUCGGGUUCGAGCUCCGACUCGGAUUCUAGUUCGGGUCAUGGGUUACGAGCUUCCAUUGGAUAUAUUUUGGCUGUUGGAUCGUUUGUUAUGGGUCUUGUUUGGGCUUUCUGAGAAUUUAGGCUUUUGUUUUGUUGUAUUUUGUUUGGAUCAUUAUGUAUUCAGAUUAAUGCAUUUCUGAGUUUUGUUAUAUAUUUCCUUAUAUUUUCAGUUA